AUGACCUCCAACUUCAUCUCCCGAUUUACAGGCUCCACCAACCCUUCGUCUUCCAUCUACGAGACUAUCCGGCAGCAUGACCAAGACUCGGAUGCCUCUGACAUUGAAGAAAGAGCUGGUUUAGCGGCUGGGUCUCGACAGCGGUAUCGUGAUGGUUUCGAAGAUCAAGAAACUGCCCGCACGGCCUUUCAUACCUCCCGCACCCAUUCCUCGAGACAGCCCACGCGCAAGGACAAGGGCAAAGGUGUGAAUAGGUCGAGGUGGAAAGGCGCCAGGUCACAUGCCUUGAUGGAAGUCGAGGAGGCAGAUGAUGAUGUCCCAGCUUCCUUGUUGAUCGAGGAUGCCACCGGCGCCCACCGUUCGAUAGCUCUUCCGCCUCCGCCCAGCUCGAUCCCAGAUGGACUGCCUACGUUCGAAGAUACUGGAUUUACAAACCAUGUUCAAGACCGCCGAGCCUCGGAUCCGAAGCCUCAGAGACCUUCCACCGUCACGAACCUCUGGGGCAGCCUUGCCAACCAGGACCCGAAAGAGAAGGCCAUGUACCGUUGGGUGAACGUAUUGAAUUUGGAUAACUUCCUCCUUGAUGUCUACACCUACUAUAUCUGUCACGGCUUCUGGUCUACAGUGCUCAUGCGUUUCUUCAACAUCAUCACCAUUGGCUUUAUUGUCGGCUUCUCUCUUUUUCUUACCCAGUGUAUAGAUUACAGGGAUUUUAAGGGGAAGACCAAGAUGUCGGAGAUCCUGGUUCCGCAAUGUGCUAGCAAGAUGGGCUUUACCCCCAAAGCUCUUUUAUGGUUGACCACAUUUAUCUGGCUUUGGAAAUCAAUCGGAUACGUUCUUGACAUUUCUCGAUUGAGGCACAUGCAUGAUUUCUAUCUCUAUCUUCUCGGCAUUCCAGAGGAUGAGAUCCAGUCAAUUUCCUGGCAGGAAGUGGUCAGCCGCCUCAUGGCGUUGCGGGACUCCAAUCCAAACACUGCGGAGCCAGCUGCUAAAAAGCGGAGUGGCUGGAUCAAAACGCAAAGCAAGCAGCGAAUGGAUGCACAUGACAUCGCGAGCAGGUUGAUGCGACGCCAGAACUAUAUGAUUGCCAUGAUUAACAAAGAUAUUCUUGACCUUACCCUGCCGGUCCCAUUCUUCCGAAAUAGACGACUCUUUACGCGCACAUUAGAAUGGAGCAUUGACCUGUGCAUCAUGGAUUUCAUCUUCAACGAUAAGGGUCAAGUCCGAUCCCUCUUUUUGAAAGACACGCAUCGGAAGGAUCUCUCGAUCGCUCUGCGGAACCGCUUUUUCAUGACUGGAGUGGCAAGUUUGAUUUUUGCUCCUUUCCUGGCAGCUUUCUUUGUUAUCAAACAUAUCUUCUUGAACUUCAACGAGUAUCAGAAAAAUCCGUCACAAAUCAGUACGAGAGAAUACAACCCAUAUGCUGAAUGGAAGUUCCGAGAGUUCAACGAGUUGUACCACCUGUUCCAACGCCGGAUUUUCAUGUCAUAUCCCUUUGCCAGCCGGUACAUUAAUCAAUUUCCCAAGGAUAAGACUGUCCAAACAGCACAGCUCGUCACCCUGGUUUCUGGAGCAGUGGUCAGUGUCUUGGGUUUGGCGACUGUGCUGGAUCAGGAAAACUUCCUCAAUUUCGAGAUUACCCCUGGCCGGACGACAAUCUUCUAUCUCGGUGUAUUUGGUUCAGUCUGGGCUGUUGCCCGUGGCUUGUUACCGGAUGAUAAUAUGAUAUAUGACACGUCGAACUCGCUACAAGAGGUCAUAGAUUUCACUCACUAUGAACCAGCUCAUUGGAAAGGCCGUCUUCACACCACUGAUGUGAAGCAGGAGUUCGCUCAAUUAUAUCAAAUGAAGCUGGUUAUCUUUUUUGAAGAGGUUUUGAGCAUGAUCUUCACACCCUUCGUGCUGUGUUUCAGUUUGCCUAAUUGCAGUGAAAGAAUCAUUGACUUCUUCCGGGAGUUCACUAUUCACGUUGAUGGCAUUGGAUAUGUCUGUUCCUUUGCGGAGUUUGGUUUUUACAAACCAGGCGUGAAACCGCCCUCGACUGAUCCCACUAAGAAUGCGCGGGACGAUUAUUUUGCCUCCAAAGACAACAAGUUGGAACACAGUUACUGGGGCUUCAUCAACGACUACGCGCGCAACCCAAAGACAGAUGUUCGCUUCAACUAUAACACUAGUAAGCGACGCUUCAAUCUGCCGCCUCCUGUCCCUGGCCUGCCUUCACCAACGUUCCCGACUCUCGACCAUGAUAGUACUUUCAACAGCGGCACGCAUCGAACCAGUAUGUUGUCACCCACUCACCGAGGGCUCUCUGGGACUCCCGGAUUUCAAGCUCAGCAACAUUCUGCUGGCUCACCGCUUCAAUCCAUGUUACUUGACCCACACCAUCAACCUUCAGCUAGCGGGUUCACUACCUCACCGCAAGCAUCGAGGCACCCAAGAGGUGGCCAAGUCUCCUUGCUCGCUCGACCCCGUCGCGUUCCCUUACCAGCUGAUGUAGCUGAAGAGGAAGGCCCUGAAUUCGAUGGUGCAGUUCAAGGGAGCGCAAAAGCGCCGACCACAAGGAAUCGGACUGUAGGUACUAGAGGCGGUGGAGCUGAAAGAGGCCCUACGGCCACCAGAAGCGGUACUGCGGGGCUUGGCCUCACAUCGGCCGGCGUUGGCCAAAGUGAAGGGGAACUCGGGUCGUGGAAGUAUGAGAAUGACUCGGACGACGCAAGCACGGGGGCGAGCGAUGAUGAUGAUACGAAUGUCGAGAAGCUGACGAGCGGCGGGCCAUUAGGUCUGAUGAGACAGUUCCAGCGGGCGCAUCAAGGGGAAGUCAGGAAUGCAGGUGGUGUUGGAGGAACGGGCAUUUGA